AUGGCUGACUACAAUGAGGAAGAGGACCUCUUCGCCGACCUCUACGAAGGUGACGACGCCGCUCCUGUUGCCCCACCAGCUUCUGCACCCGCCCCUGCAACCACCACUGUCGAAUCCGCCGUCGCAGACCAGACCGACUCGGUCGCCGUCUCCACUGAGCAACCCACCACAUCAGACCCCAUUGCCAAUGGUUCAAAUGCGCCUGCUGAUCCUCAGUCCUACGCCAACGAUGGCUGGAACGACCAACAGCAACAAGGCCAGCAAAACUGGGACUACAACAACCAGAACAACCAGAACCAAGGUAACGAAUAUGGCGGUGCUCAGCAAAUGAACCACAAUGGAGGUGGUGACGAUGACUACAAGCCUAUUGGCAUCAAAGAAGAUGGGAAGUAUUCCACAAACAAGACAUGA